GGAAAAAGAGGACUAGUUCUUCCCCUUGAAGACAAACCAAACCAACUCUCAUAAAUCAGCUGCUAUAUUUGCGAGGCUUUUCCCACAUAAACAACUCUGGUAAAACAAUCCCAAGCUCUGGUGAACAUGGGUUUUAGGAGCUACCAUAUAGCAGAGAACCAAAGCUUGUGUUUUCAAGCUCCUUUCAUUGAAUGGCUCAAGCCAUCUUCAUCAUCAUCAUCGUCAUCAUCUUCUUCUUCCUCUUGUGUGACUCAGCUAGUUCAGUUCACAAGCCCCAUGGAUAUCUUGAAGCUGCAGCAUCAGCAGGAAACUAUUGAAUGCCUACCUCUUUUGAGCAGGUUUACUGAGAACAAACCAUUGAAAGAGGAAGAUUUGCAGAAGAAGACGAGUAUUGGGAAAGUUACAGUUUCUCUAGACAUUGGGUUGCCUAACAGUUGCGCUGCUGCUGCAGCAGGAGGAGGAGAGAGUAAUAUUCCAGUUGCAGACAACAAGGUUUUGAUGGAGAAACAAUCCAUUGCAGACACCAAGGUUUUGAUGGAGAAAGAAUCCAUGAAGAAAACCUUCAAUGGAUGCUCUUUCAAAACUAUGAAUAGGUUUUGGAUCCCAAGUCCAACACAGAUCCUCGUCGGGCCCAUGCAGUUUUCUUGCUCAAUUUGUAGCAAGACAUUCAAUAGGUACAAUAACUUGCAGAUGCAUAUGUGGGGGCACGGAUCUGAAUACAGGAAAGGGCCAGAUUCACUUAAAGGAACACAACCGGCAGCAAUGCUGAGGCUGCCAUGCUAUUGCUGUGCCCAGGGCUGCAAAAACAACAUCAACCAUCCCCGAGCCAAGCCAUUGAAAGACUUUCGAACACUCCAAACUCACUACAAAAGGAAACAUGGUUCCAAGCCCUUCAUGUGUAGGAAAUGUGGCAAGACGUUCGCCGUCAAAGGCGAUUGGCGAACGCACGAAAAGAACUGUGGCAAGCUAUGGUAUUGCACUUGCGGCUCCGAUUUUAAGCACAAGAGGUCUUUGAAAGAUCACAUCCGGUCGUUCGGCAAAGGCCACUCCCCUCAUCCUUCUCUCGAAGGAUUCGAAGAUGACAGGGAAUGCAUCACCGGUUCCGAAGGCGAAUUCGUUCACUAGACUUAUGACUCAAGUAACCCUCUUCUUUUGAGAUUUAGGGAGAUCUAAUAGCUUUAAAAUUUUCUUAGGGUUACCCCAAUUAAGCUUUCGCUCUAUAACAAAACAUUUCUCAAACAAAAAACAUGGGGGGAGUUUUGGUAUGGAGCCCUUGCUGAGUAGGGGUUGAGCCUCAACAACUUUUUAAGACUCUUUGUGGUUAGCCAUAGUUGGGAAAUAAAUUAAACAGACAAAACAAAGGGUUACCUCAAGUGGUGAAGUAGAUGAAUUUUCUUCUCUUCAAAAGAGAUUUGGGUUAUUUUCUCAAAGGGGGGAAAUUUAUCUGCUUCAUUGCUAACUGGUAAUCUUUAAUAGGACUGGAUGUUGCAUUGUUUUCUAGUUUUUAUAUCUCUUGGCUUCAAAUCUUUGU